GAUCAACGUGCUACGAAGCAGCCGCCAUACAACGCGGACAACACGCUAUUGCUACUCAAAUCGCUUUGGAUCACCUACAAUUUCGCGGAUCAAGCACGACCGCGGAUCAGAACGUGCUUCAACAACGCCAAUACCUACGAUAAGCUUUCCGGACCUUCGCUUGACCACUGAUCCGCCCCUUUUCAACCUCCUACGACACAAUGACCAUCGGCUAUCAGCAGAUCAAGGCCUCCACCAUGAGAGAUCAACCCUCCCUUAAAAGAAUGCCCUCCGGUGCCAAACACCUUCGCGCCCCAUCCCCCGCCCCGUCCAUCCGCACAAACAUGUUCACCGAAGCCCGCUCCCGCCUUACCGACACCAAAGGCAAACUCCUCGACAUGCCAAACUGCAACAUUUACCUCGACAAACCCUCGUUCACCCUCGACGAGGAAAUCACGGGUAUUGUGAAUGUGGAUUUGGUGGGAGCUUUUAACCCCAAAGCUGCGGAUGUUGCUGUUAAGGUGCAGUUGAGGGGGAUGAGUAAGGCGGGGAGUAAGGAGGUUGAGUUUGUUGCGCAUGAGAUUAUGUUGCAUCCUGUCUCUGCUGAUCCUGGAUCAGCUGGACUAAGGCCCUUGGCGAUUGGGGAGCUUCAUACGAUGCCGUUCACCUUCACGCUUCCCUCACUCAUGCUCCCCCCAACACUGAGGACGGAUCGUGCAGCCGUAUCAUAUGUUGUUAAGGCAAUAUGCUACCGCAACAAAUUGAUGUCCAUCGCCAAAAAACAAAAAGAGGUUAUCCCGGUCCUGAUCAAACCACCCCGAAUGAACCCACUCGAACCAGUUGUCGAGAAGGAGAUCCAAGUCUACGGUGGUGUCGAGGGUGCCUUCAUUUGUUUGGCACACCCGCCGUCGUUGACACCGAGUUCGGAUCGUGGGUCGCAUAGGUUGUUGUUAGCAUAUGAUCCUGGACAUAUUCUUGUGCGGAAUUUUAAUUUGACGUUGACGUGUGUGUUGACGACACAGGCUGAUUCAGCGAGGAAUGUUACGGAGUAUCACUUGCCGUACGCAGUUACCUCCGACGACAGAUCUGAGGGGCAGGCCGAGGUCACGUUCGAUGUCCCGAUGAACGUCGAACAAACCAUCAAUUUGAGGAAUAUCACCCGUGUGUACAAAUUCCGUGUUGCGUUGGAGGUUGAUGUCGCUACCUGGAGUGGAAGACCUGGAGGGAUGAAGAAGGUCGAGAUCGAGUUUGCGAUUAAUGUGUAUGGGCAACACAUCCCCUUCGCUCUCCCGACGAACUUCAACCCCUUCGAGCGUCGCGGGACGGCGUCUUCGCUUGGGUUUUAUUCCGCGUCGAGUCUGAGUGGGCCGCCUAGCCCUGCGGUGUCGGGUACGGGGAGGUUGGCGAAGAAGAGUUCGUCGUCGUCGCUCCGUACAACCUCAACGUGGAACAAGACUCCGAGUUCGCCGCUUGAGCAGUACUUCCCUGACUUCAAUGCUGGAUCGGUCUCGCCUCGUGUCAAUAUUGCUUCGAGGAGGAAAAUCAAUCUCCCACCGGUCGUCGAGGACUUCACUUGUGUCCCACCCGCACAGACAUCACCCCUUCAAGGUACAUUCUUGAAGGCGAAGCGUUCGUUGCAGUCACUUCAGGCGUUCACUACGCGCAGUAAGGGUUCCUCGCCACACUCUUCGCCGGAUAUGGAGCGCCCGGGGUCUAAACUCCGUUCGAAGCGGUCGUUGGAUUUGACGACUUUGUUCUCUAGUCUCGGACACGAGAAGACUUCACCGAGUGUCAAGCAAGAUGCAUUUACGCUCAUCUCUCCCGGACCUAGCGCACACAACACGAUCAAGGAGAAGCCGACCGGGAACGGUGACCGCGUGUUGCCGUACAAGUCGUCGCCGCGCACACCACCAAGUUUCCCUCCGCCGCCUGUUCCACCGCCGAGGGUGGGGUCGCCGUUGUUGCCCUCGUUGCCCGCGCACCCUAAGAGCUACCGCCCGCCGACUGGGUUGGGUAUUUUGACGGUGUCGCAGGCCUCGGGUGAGCGCUCGCCGGGGUUGCCGGCACUUAGUGCUAGCUCUGGCUCAGAUGGAUCUUCGUUCGUGAUGACGGCGGAGACACCUGCUACGGAGCACGGUCCCAGCACUGCCGUCGAGAACGUCCCGAUGCCGAUUUUGGGGUUCGUUCCGCGUGCGAAGGUAGAGAUUAACACUGCCGCUGUGCUCGCCGCACCGAAGCGUAGGUCAGUGUACAUGCAGGAGGUCGAGGACGAAGCAUUUGCGUUCAAUGGGAGUGCUGGGAGUCAUUCGAAGGAUGGGAGUGCUGAUUCUGUUGAUGAGUGGAGGAACGUAGUGGAGCAGGCGUUGGAGUACGACAUUGACCUCUUGCAGGCGGAGUCUCUUGCACUAUGAAAGGUAUGAAAUGGCCAUGGAUGGUUGUGGAGACGGAAGGUUUUCUGGACAAGUGUUUGGUAGGAAAACGUGUUGGCGUUCCUCACUUUAAGUGUUUUUGUUUACGAUAUCUUCUUGGGAUGGAUAUUUAUGACCAGGACUCUUUCUUUGGACACGGUGUUG